CGAGCGGACAGAGGAUAGGAGAGCGCUUGGAGAGCCACUGCCGCGGCAGGGGCGUGGAGGGUAGGGACUGGCCCAGUCCUCCGUUGCAAACAUGGCUCAGAGCAGAGACGGCGGGAACCCUUUCGCCGAGUCGGGCGAACUUGACAACCCUUUUCAGGACCCAGCUGUGAUUCAGCACCGACCCAGCUCUCAGUAUGCCACGCUUGAUGUCUACAACCCUUUUGAGAACCGCGAGCCCCCACCUCCUUAUGAGCUUCCUGCCUCAGCCCCUGCUCCAUUACCACCACCCUCAGCUCCCUCCUUGCAGCCCUCCAGAAAGCUCAGCCCCAAGGAACCCAAGAACUAUGGCUCCUACAGCACUCAGGCUUCAGCUGCAGCAGCCACAGCUGAGUUGUUAAAGAAACAGGAGGAGCUCAACAGGAAAGCAGAGGAGUUGGACCGAAGAGAGCGAGAGCUUCAACAUGUUGCCCUGGGGGGCACAGCCAGUCGACAGAACAAUUGGCCCCCUCUACCUUCUUUUUGCCCAGUUCAGCCCUGCUUUUUCCAGGACAUCUCCAUGGAGAUCCCCCAAGAAUUUCAGAAGACAGUAUCCACCAUGUACUACCUCUGGAUGUGCAGCACUCUGGCUCUUCUCCUGAACUUCCUCGCCUGCCUGGCCAGUUUCUGUGUGGAGACCAGCAAUGGCUCAGGCUUUGGGCUUUCUCUGCUCUGGGUUCUCCUUUUCACUCCCUGCUCCUUUGUCUGCUGGUACCGCCCCAUGUAUAAGGCUUUCCGGAGUGACAGUUCAUUCAAUUUCUUCGUUUUCUUCUUCAUUUUCUUCGUCCAGGAUGUAUUCUUUGUCCUCCAGGCCAUUGGCAUCCCAGGUUGGGGGUUCAGUGGCUGGGUCUCUGCUGUGGUGGAGGUGAAGGCCAACAUGGCUGUAGCUGUGUUCAUGCUGCUGGUUGCCCUGCUAUUCACAGGCAUCGCUGUACUGGGAAUCGUGAUGCUGAAGCGGAUUCACUCCUUGUAUCGCCGCACCGGUGCCAGCUUUCAGAAGGCCCAGCAAGAAUUUGCUGCUGGUGUCUUCUCUAACCCUGCAGUUCGAACUGCAGCUGCUAAUGCAGCUGCUGGGGCUGCUGAAAAUGCCUUCCGCACUCCAUGACCCCUUACCAGGAUGCCCUGGCUCGGCCACUUGAUGUAGGCCCUGACAUAGCCUCCAUCCCUGAGGUCUCUGGGACUUGGGGAGAGACAUCACUACUUGAUGGUUUCUGUAUAGUGCCCCCAAUUGUACAGCCAUGACUCCUGAGCCUGACUUGGGGCGGUGGGGAGCCCACCUUGACCCAGUGACUGCUCACCCUUCCUCUCCCGUCAGGUCACACUGCUGCCAUUUCUCACACUCCCCAAUAAAGCCUCCCUCUGCUGUGCCAAGGCUGUCGCUUCGGUUAUUUAAAUAAAAAGGAAGUGUAACUGAACUCAC